GGGUGCCAGCAGGGGACAGGGAGAGAGUGAACACCGAGUUGGAUCAGAAUUGGAGGCAUCGGUUGGAACUCACACUGUUCAACUCUAGAGAGUUGCAGAACUCUGUGUGUGUACUGUGUACAUGCGUGCAGAGCAGAGGCUGUAUUCCCUAGCUCUGUCUGUCCACUGGGGUGCCCGGGAACAUGGCUUCCCGAUACCGGUUAUUUUUGAGCACAUUCACUCUAGCAGUUUCAGCUGGGGCUGUUUUGCUUUUACCCUUCUCAAUAAUCAGCAAUGAAAUCCUGCUUUCUUUUCCUCAAAACUACUAUAUUCAGUGGCUAAAUGGCUCCCUGAUCCAUGGUCUGUGGAAUCUCGCUUCUCUCUUCUCCAACCUUUGUUUAUUUGUGUUGAUGCCCUUUGCCUUUUUCUUUCUGGAAUCAGAAGGUUUUGCUGGCCUGAAAAAGGGAAUCCGAGCCCGCGUCCUGGAGACCCUGGUCAUGCUGCUGCUCCUGGCCCUGCUGGUCCUCGGCAUGGUGUGGGUGGCGUCGGCGCUCGUGGACAAUGGCGCGGCCAGCAUGGAGUCUCUGUACGAUCUCUGGGAGUUCUACCUACCUUACUUAUACUCUUGUAUAUCGUUGAUGGGAUGCCUGCUGCUGCUCUUGUGCACACCCGUCGGCCUCUCCCGCAUGUUCACGGUGAUGGGUCAGCUGCUAGUGAAGCCAGCGAUUCUUGAAGAUCUCGAUGAACAAAUUUAUAUUAUUACCCUAGAGGAAAAAGCACUCCAGAGACGACUAAAUGGACAAUCUCCAUCAGUAGAAUACAACGUAAUGGAGUUGGAACGAGAACUGGAAAAUGUCAAGACUCUUAAGGCAAAAUUAGAGAGACGGAAAAAGGCUUCAGCAUGGGAAAGAAAUUUGGUGUACCCUGCCGUUAUGGUCCUCCUCCUCAUUGAGACAUCCAUCUCGGUCCUCCUGGUGGCCUGCAACAUCCUCUGCCUGCUGGUCGAUGAGACAGCAAUGCCAAAGGGAACAAGGGGACCUGGAAUAGGAAACGCCUCUCUCUCCACGUUUGGCUUUGUGGGAGCCGCGCUUGAAAUCGUUUUGAUUUUCUAUCUCAUGGUGUCCUCUGUUGUCGGGUUCUACAGCCUCCGGUUUUUUGGAAGCUUUACUCCCAAGAAGGAUGACACAACUAUGACAAAGAUCAUCGGGAACUGCGUGUCCAUCCUGGUCUUGAGCUCCGCCCUGCCUGUGAUGUCAAGGACACUGGGAAUCACUAGAUUUGAUCUACUUGGAGACUUUGGAAGAUUUAAUUGGCUAGGAAACUUCUAUAUUGUAUUAUCCUACAACUUGAUGUUUGCUAUUGUGACAACAUUGUGUCUGGUCAGAAAAUUCACCUCUGCUGUACGAGAAGAACUUUUCAAGGCCCUAGGACUUCAUAAACUUCACUUAGCAAAUACUCCGAGGGAUGCGGAGACACCCAAGCCUUCUGCAAAUGGGCACCAGAAAGCGCUGUAGAUGCGCAGCUGCCUCGUGCUGUGGCCAAGGGCCCGGGAGCUCCAGACUCACGACAUUCCCGCUGCACAGAUGCGUCUUCAGACUGCCCAGCUCAUGGUCUGGGCCUGGAACCGGCGUGUCACUUUUCAUGAUCUGCUAAGACUUGGCUAGUGCUGAUCUUCUUUUUAAUUUAACUUUCUGAUAGGUGCUGUAGCUUCCAGCUACACGAGACUCCUUAGAGACGUGUAGAGCAGCGUCUUCUGUAGACAUCAGUAAAUACAGUCAUCCGCAUGGGAAA